CUGUACAAUCCCUGGAUUUCUUACGUUCCCCACUGGAUUCUCUAUGCAAUAAUUUUUGUUUCAGAUUAUGCUGCUCGCUUAUCAAUCUGUCAUAGCCUCUAUCACUUAUUUGAAUCCAAAUAUCAGAUUCCAACUGUCCCGUCGUUGCCCAUCACUAAAGUCUGCAGAAAAAUCAGCACCUCUUUUUAUCAACAAGCUGAAAUUGUGUACAAACAGCGUAGUUGUUAACGAUAUCAGCUAUGAGGUUGAUGUCUACAAAACCUCGGAAGCGGUAUUGCUGACGUAUAAUACAGAUUUGGAUGUGUUUGGUUCCAUCGAUUUUGAUCUGGAAAUUGAGGAACAAAAUGAAAUAUUACUGGAUCACAGAACGUACAUGGCUGAGAGAAUGAGAUUGGAAAGAGAAGUUCUAGGUUUGAUGACACACUCUCGAAAUCCGAAUGCCGAUUUGAGCCGACUAAUGGAGAUUAAUAGAUUGAACAAAAUUCGAAUUCAAGCUCGGGAGGACAGAAGGGAAGUACCCAACACUCCACCGGAGCCUCCACUUGUACAGGUCAUUGAGUUUGCAGUCAUGGAGACGGAUAAUUAUGGCGACUGUUUAGAAAAUGAGCAGCUUACCUAUGAUCGAAAACUUCAUGAUGCUGUUAAGUAUAUCAUGGAGAAGCUUUUCUGUGGCCGAAAGACUCCGGUUCACCUAUCUACUUUAUCAAUCAAUAGUUUUGGAAUUCUACGGAUUCCAUUAAACAUGAGAUUCAAGAUCCGACAUCUGAAGCUGGUAUCUGGUCAUGCAAAUGAAAUCGCAAGCAAAAUUCGGCCGAUCAUUGAAGACUCGAGUUUCCCGUUGAAAUCUAUAAUAAUCAAGGAUCCAGUCGAGUUUGACGAUCCGAUCUACCACUCCACACAACUCCUCGUUCUUAGACAUCAGCUUGAGAACCGAUCACCAAGGUUUCUAAACGUCAAAGUUCUGCCAAAUCAAUUGUAUGUUACGACUAAAAUAUUGAAUUGGGUACAACAAGCCCGGCCAGUUGGGACAUGUUGGGAAUUUGUUGGAAUUGAUAAGAACUCAAAAAGGCAGUGCGUUCAAAAACUCAUGCAAAUACCUGGCGCGAUGCGUGCAUUGCACACAAAGUUAUGUUGGAUCAUUCUACCAGCAAACGACGAUUCGGAAAUCCACGUCACUGUCGCUCAAGAUAAGAUAAAUUCGAAGCAAUUCAGCAUAAAGUUAACCGUUUAUUGAAGAUUUGUUGAAAUUUCAAGUUCUAAUAAAAUUUCUGAAUUUCUAAAA